AUGGCCGACCGAAGAAGAAGAAGAGACGACGAUAGCGAUGGUGAGGCUGAUAUACCACCAUCGUCUCCUCAAGGUAUCAACCUGGGUCGCUCAUCACCACCACCUCUUGGCAGCCCCGAAGAAAUCGACUUUGAAAACCCAGAUGGUGAAGUGGUCCCAGAACAGCAAGAUCUGGAUGACCUGGAGGAACAGAUGAAUGAAGUGGAUCUAAUGGGUGACGACAUGUACAAGGAUUAUGAUUCCGAUGCUAGAAGAGAUACAUACGAGAGAGAUGGUCUCGAUGAUAGCAAUCAAAGAGAGUUGUCGGCCGCAGAGCGCCGCAGGAUCGAUGCCCAACUGAACGAAAGGGACAGGCUUCUACGAAAUGAGGCAUAUAUGGAUGAUGAAGAUGAUGAAGAACAACAAGGAAUUGAUGAGAUGGGACUUCCCGUCCAACCUCGUCGUAGAAGGCGCCAAUAUGAUGAUGAUGAUGACUUGUUAUCUGAUAUUGAUAUGGAUCCUCUCGCAGAAGAGUUGACCUUGGAGUCCCUGAGUGAUGUGAAAGCGUCCAGCUAUACUGAAUGGAUAACACAGCCCAACGUAGCACGUACUAUCGCACGUGAGCUGAAGUCCUUCUUGCUGGAGUACACAGACGAAUCGGGAAAAUCUGUGUAUGGUGCCCGGAUCAGAACACUCGGUGAACUAAAUUCUGAAUCGCUAGAAGUAAACUAUCGGCAUUUAGUUGAAUCUAAAGCCAUCCUUGCUCUAUUUUUAGCCAAAUGUCCCGAAGAGAUGCUCAAGAUAUUUGAUCUCGUUGCCAUGGAUGCAACCCAACUACAUUACCCCGAUUACUCUCGUAUUCACUCUGAAAUCCAUGUUAGGAUCUCAGAUUUUCCCGCGGUCUUGAAUCUACGUGAACUACGUGAAUCGAAUUUGAACUCUCUUGUUCGUGUCACCGGUGUAGUUACUAGGAGAACAGGGGUUUUUCCACAAUUAAAAUAUGUCAAGUUUGACUGUCUGAAAUGUGGAUCCAUUCUCGGGCCAUAUUUCCAAGAUUCAAACGAAGAGAUAAAGAUUUCUUUCUGCACGAAUUGUAGGUCCAAGGGUCCAUUUAGAACAAAUGCCGAAAAGACUCUUUAUAGAAAUUACCAACGAAUCACCCUUCAAGAGGCACCAGGAACAGUUCCUGCCGGUAGAUUGCCAAGACAUAGAGAGGUAAUCUUGCUUUGGGAUUUGGUAGAUAUUGCGAAACCCGGUGAGGAAGUCGAAGUUACCGGUGUUUACAAGAACACGUAUGAUGGAAAUCUCAAUGCUAGAAAUGGAUUUCCGGUUUUUGCUACGAUAAUCGAAGCCAAUUCUGUAAAGAGAAGAGAAGGUGGACCCCGUACUGGUGACGAGGAAGAGGGCCUUGACGUAUUUGGCUGGACUGAGGAAGAGGAACGUGAAUUUAGGAAAAUGUCUCGCGAUCGAGGUAUUAUCGACAAAAUCAUCUCAUCUAUCGCACCUUCUAUUUAUGGUCACAAAGACAUCAAAACUGCCGUGGCGUGUUCAUUAUUUGGAGGUGUACCCAAGAAUGUUAAUGGUAAGCACUCUAUUAGGGGAGACAUCAACGUUCUACUUUUGGGUGAUCCUGGUACAGCGAAAUCUCAAAUCUUAAAGUACAUCGAGAAGACUGCCCAUCGUGCUGUCUUUGCAACUGGUCAAGGUGCAUCUGCUGUAGGUUUGACUGCUUCAGUACGGAAGGAUCCUAUAACAAAAGAAUGGACACUAGAAGGUGGUGCUUUAGUGCUAGCGGACAAGGGAGUAUGCUUAAUUGAUGAGUUUGAUAAAAUGAACGAUCAAGAUCGAACAUCAAUUCAUGAAGCCAUGGAGCAGCAAAGUAUAUCUAUUUCUAAAGCUGGUAUCGUCACUACGCUUCAAGCAAGAUGUUCUAUAAUAGCGGCUGCAAACCCCAAUGGUGGACGCUAUAACUCCUCAUUGCCACUAGCUCAGAAUGUCGAUCUCACGGAACCAAUCUUAUCUCGUUUCGAUAUCCUCUGUGUCGUGAGGGAUUUGGUGGAUGAAGUCGCGGACGAAAGAUUGGCAAAAUUUGUAGUUGACUCACAUUUAAGAUCGCAUCCGGAUAGUGAUAAAUUACGGGAUGAACAUGAUGCCGAGUAUGGUGAUGAACAAAUGGAUACUGAUGAUGAGGGUGAGCAUGUUUCAUCUAGACAAAGAAGGAUACAGAGGGAGCGUCAGAAAGAGGGUGAAAUUUCUCCAAUUCCUCAAGAAAUUCUGAUGAAAUAUAUUCAUUAUGCAAGAACAAAAAUAUAUCCGAAAUUGCAUCAAAUGGAUAUGGACAAAGUUAGCCGAGUGUAUGCGGAUUUAAGAAGGGAAAGUAUUACGACCGGCUCUUUUCCUAUUACAGUUCGUCACUUGGAAUCUAUCCUAAGAAUCGCCGAAUCAUUCGCCAAGAUGAGGCUUUCUGAGUUUGUUUCAUCUUGGGACUUGGAUCGAGCUAUCAAGGUAACAGUGGAUAGCUUUGUCGGAGCUCAAAAGAUUAGCGUUCGCCGGCAAUUACAAAGAUCAUUUGCUAUAUACACAAUUGGCCAACAACAGUCUUUCACUUGA